GGAGAAGCCCGACUGAGUCAUCGGAUCCUCUCCCGACCGAAACGUUUGGAUGCCGGCGGAAACGGCAUGUUCCUGCCUGGGUCACCCCGACAGGCCAGUGGCGAUACGGAUCUUGGAACAGAGUUUGGGCAGCAGAAGGACACCUCUCGAGUGCGCGAGUCUGCUUCCUUAAGAGUGCGCCCUCCGCCGGUGGUGGGUGGCAAUGUGUUCACCUUCACGCCUCCGCAGGAUGUGCGGCUGCCAACAGAGGUGAGUCCCAAGCACACCAGGCUGGUAUCCCAGGCGGUGGAUCGACCUCUCCCAGAUGUCGCGACCCAGAUGAGCAGUGUGCCGCGCAGCGCGGCACCGUUGGCCAGUCCAGCUCCAGCUGCCAAGGCAUCGGCUUCUCCCAAACGUCGGAUCUGCUUGCAGUACCACCAGGAUGACAACCCUCGAAGUGACCUUCUAACCUUGGGAGGCGGCCAGGGCACCCCUGUGGUGGUGCAGAUGAUUGCUGCCGGGGGACGAGCAGAACAGGCUGGAGUUAAGCCAGGGGCGAUCAUCACUGCCAUCAACGGCAGCACGGCCUUUCAAAGCUUUCCAGCGUGGCAGGUGCGAGCGAUUAUCCAGCCUCCUGCGACAGUGGAGAUCGAACAGGAGAUGCAGCUGUCGCCCGCCUCGCCUCGGUGUAAAGAGAUCCGCCUGACGCGAAAGAGCGAGCUACAGCUGGGCAUCGCCCCCAAGAGCGGCGCCUGGCAUCCCAAGGACAGCGUGAUGUUGGCAGAAGAGGUUGUUUUCAAGCCUCGAGCCGCUCCCUUGUGGCUCAGCUCGCUGGACCGCCAGGAAGGUCGCCCCACCAGUCCCAUCUACGAGCUCCGGAGGCCCGAGGCGCAUCGAUUGGUGAACCAAGCAGUCCGCACGGCUUGGGAUACUGUCUCCAAGCAGGCCGACCAGAUCUCCCGAGUUCCACGAGGCGCCCGCCAGCGAAGCAGCUCGCCCUACUGUGGUUUGGAGACCUGCUUGCCACAGUGGUCCACCCCGAGCACGUCCUGGAAAUGGGAUCCAGGCCCUGCAGCCUUCGCGCAGAAUGGCAGCUCAGGUGCUUUCAGCCCCCGUGCCCCGCAGCACUUGCAGGGACGGGCCCCGCCCUGGAGCACCUCAGAGGCUGGCGCGCCGCCGCAACUGCCACUGUCGAGCAGAGGUGCCAUCGGUGCAGAUCCAGAUUCCAGCCCGUUGCGCUGGGUGAGCCCGGUCUUUGCGCCUUUCUUCGGCUAUUCAAAUGCAUGCAGCCCGCAGUCGCGCGGAGGAGGCGGCCCUCGAAGCCCCAGCCCAUCUCCGCGGAAUCGAAGCAGCAGCCCAAAGCCACGAAAAGCACGAGGUGACCUGGAGGAGGUCGUGGAUCCCGAAAACCCGAACGCUGGGGUACGGGUCAUGCCGGAUGACGAUGAUUCUUCAGGCAUUCUUCUCCAGCACCAGCUUUGAGCGACCGCAACGACCGCGCCAAAGAAGCAGCGAUCGUUCGAGUUUAGCGUUUGCGCGUUGGGGAUGGGAGGGAUUUGGGAAACGGUGGUCAUCGGCCGGCGAAUGGCCAG